GUGCGCAUAAAGGGUCCAGUCUUGUUCUUUAUCUCUUAAGUAUCAACACAUUUUCUCGACUUCGAUUUAAUAUCUCGCAUUUCUCUUUAGAUUCUAGUGGGUUUGUUGUUUAUCCAUUGAUUCACUCCUCAAUUAUUGAGUUUUCAAAGAAGCCCCGUUUUAGGGUUCAAACCCGCCAUCUCGAUCAAAUCAACUUGCGUGGCCUUUGAUCUAUUCUAAAUAAAAUCUUCCUUCAGAAAAGAUCAUAGCUUUAUUAUUUAUAGCCAAAGGUUUUUCUGGGAAUUUGUGAGUUUUUCCCUGAUUUUGGAGAUUUGAGAUUUCUGUCCGAGUUACAAUGGCUGCUGCUGUUGCCGGAGUUGUUGGUGGUAAUAGGUCAUGUUCUCCCUGGAUACAAUUCAAGGACAGUGAAAAGAAGCAGAAACGUUUGAACAGAGUUAAGAUUUCUUGUUCUUCUUCUUCUUCUGUAAUGGAUCCUUAUAAGACCUUAAGAAUCCAGCCUGGUGCCUCUGAAUCUGAGGUUAAGAAAGCUUUUAGACAGCUUGCUUUGCAGUUUCAUCCGGACGUUUGCAGAGGAAGCAAUUGUGGGGUACAGUUUCACCAAAUCAAUGAGGCAUAUGAUGUAGUAAUGGAAAAUUUGAGAGGAGGAACAAAUGGAAGUGAAAUGUAUGGUGAUGAUGAAGAUGGAGGGAUUGAUGAAUCAACGAGAGGAAUGAACGAUCCAGAUUGGGAUUUAUGGGAAGAAUGGAUGGGAUGGGAAGGAGCAGGAAUCCGUGACUACUCAUCUCAUAUCAAUCCCUACAUUUGAUCAUUUCCAUCUCAUACCCCGUGGCUGCCGAACCCACCUAGUGAGAUAAGAUUUGUUGAUAUUGUUGUCGUCCCUUAGGUGGCUCUUAAUCUUCGGAAGCCAUGUUGAACUUCAACUAAUUCAAGCCGGGUAAGAUGUAUCUAGUGGUUGGUGUCCUUACUAAUUGAAGUCAAAUCAAAUUGGAUCGGAUCGAUCUGGUAGGAU